AUGCAUGAGUAUGAGCUGGUCGUUCAUGGCUCAGGAAAUGUUGGAAAGUCUGCUCUAGAACGAUUUACAGCAGUGAGGGAUUUGUAUAUGAAAAAUGGACAUGGCUUUGCCUUAGAUUAUUCUAUCACUGCACAGUCCACAUUUAAUGAUUUGCAAGGUCUGAGAGAACAGAUUCUUCGAGUAAAAGACACCAAUGAUGUCCCAAUGAUUCUCGUUGGUAGUAAGCAUGACUUGGAGGAUGAAAGAGUUGUAGGAAAGGAGCAAGGUCAAAAUCUAGCAAGACAAUGGAACAACUGUGCAUUCUUAGAAUCUUCUGCAAAAUCAAAAAUAAAUGUUAAUGAGAUCUUUUAUGACCUAGUACUGCAAAUUAACAGAAAAACUCCAGUGCCUGGGAAGGACUGCAAAAAGACAUCAUGUCAGCUGCUUGAAUAUACUAAAUGCACAGUAGCUCUGAGCCAGGUCUGA